CACACGUGCCAGCUCAUGCAACUUCGAACAAACUAAAGAGCUAUCCAGAAAGUACAUCAGGCAAGAGCUAUAACCAAUUCUGUGACAAAUUUUCGUGCGCAGUACUGUAGCCCAGUAACCUGAACACCACUGCAUCAUUUUUUACCUAUCCGACAAAAGCAGGAUCAUGGUUCUCUGGUUUCGAAAGCGGAAGAAAGAAGCGCCUGGGACAGCGUCUGAAAGUCCUCUGCCCACACGUGAAUCACUAGCAAGGAGGAUCCGUCAUGCUACCAUAGUCCUCUCCAGGAAAAUGUUCCAGAGCAAGGUCUUCGUCUGUCUAGUCGUCCUUCUCUUACUAGCACUUGCCGCAGUAUGUGGCAAAGAGCUCCUCGAAUGGGGGGACCGGCGCUAUCCGAAGCCUCCUCUGGGCAUCAUCACGGGUGAGCUGCUCAAAGGCUUCGAGCGGUAUUCGCCAGACUACAAUCACACCGAGGAAGUGCUGGCCGACGUCAUGAGAGCGGAAACCCCGAGGACAGUGCCCUGUGAUACACUUGCCUGUCAGUGGCUGGAAGCAGAGACAGGCUAUGACGCCCUUUCUUUAGACCGUCCCUUGGCAUGCCAGGACUUCUACGAGCACGUCUGCUGGAGGUUCGAGGGCCCGCCAAUCUACGAGCGAGCCAGCCUGAACUUGAUGGUGCAGGUUGCUGACUACUUGACCUAUAUGGCAGACUCCGCCCACGAUGACUCGGACGUACGGGAAGACGUGUCCAUGCUCCGAAAAUGUAUUGAUGGCGACUCGAGUGCCGCGUCAUUUGCCCUGAACUGCAACUUUGGCGUUAGGAAAUUCAAACGCAGCAAGCGAUGCCCAGUUCGUUAUCCAAGCUUACCUUUCAAGGCUGUUGAUCACCUUUUGACGGACCAUUCUCUGACGAGCGUCAAGGAAUUUCUUUCAACAAUAAAAAGAUACGGUGAGGUGUACAGUGUGGAAGUCAGACUUGAGCUUGGAAUUCCGGAGCUCCGUGAAGGGAUGACCACCGAAAGGGCGGACUCAUUCUGCAGCUGGCUUGGUGAAUCGGCAAGCUGCCACCUACAAGAGCGAUUUAAUGCCAGCGACGACGACAUCCGAAUGUACCAGAGGCUGUGGAACGAGCUGUAUUUUGCACCGCUAUUCUUACCAGAUAAUGUCAGCAGCUCUAUGUGGGAUCUGUUCGGAAAUGACGGCGAUCAACCACGUAAGCUGGCCUGCGUCAAUAUCCACGAGGGCCUUUUCCAGUCGGAGAGUGCGCAGGCAGCCGUUGCAGUUUUGGAGGAGAGGCUCACGGAAGUCGACCGAGUGACCUCAGACCUGUUCUACCGAGUGGUGGACGCGAUGAAUAUACGUGUUCCAACCUGGCUGUCUAGGCACGCUGAAGGCGAGGACCCACAACUCCAGCGUCAGCGAAGGCCGGUAUACCAAGCAGAGUUAGAAUCGGUGCACGUGGAACUCCUUGGUAUGUCGGAUGCUGCUGCAACGGACUACGAAACGUCGGUGUACUCUUGGCAGGCGCGCUACGAUUUCGAUCGCAAUGUGCUCAUCGUUCCUCAAGGGCUGCUGGCGGUGAUGGCUGACAUGACUUAUGUCGUGGAGCCCAUCUCUUCAGUAUUUCUUUUUACGCAGCUGAUGAGACCCCUUUUGCCUCAACCAUCGGGUCCCUACUCUUGGAAGUAUGCACAUGACCAGCACUUGGCUUACGUGACCGGAUGCCUACGGUCUGUUCAUAAUGCCUCAAUCGACUUUGACGGCAAUCCAGGCCUGCUGCUGGAAUUUGCUCUAGAGUCUGCACUCCUCGGUCCCCUUUACGACGUCUACCAUCGUGACGUCCACGAGAGCGUCGGCGCAGAGGUCUACUUCAACCACCGCUACACGAACUCUCAGCUCCUUUUUGUGUUGUGGGCCAUGAGUCACUGUGGCACCCGGCAGGGUGCAGAGCUGGUCAACGCAGCGGUGAGAAACUCGAUGCGUUUUGGGAGGAUCUUCAACUGCGGAAUUGGAGACCCCAUGUUCUCGAGGAGGAAGUGCAACUUCUGGGUCUACUGGUGAAAAAGGAAAACGGUGCUGAUUCCGAAGCCUGCGUGCAAUGUACUUUGUUUCCUAUGCUUAAGUAUUGCGUCGAAAGGCUCAGGAAGUGACUUAAAUGUAUGCCUAUAUGAAGUUAAGAUAAGGGGCGAACUAAUGCAGGCACUGCGAGCAACGAAUCCUGGUGAAGUGCCGCGCACAGUCUUGCAGAUAUUUUGAUAGCUGGACUUACGUUUGUACUAGGUGGCCUCGUUAUCUUUGGCGCUUUUGGUUUGUAGGUUAGCGAAAUGUCGCGUGGUGUCACUGGUGGCGGCGGUUACGUUUUAACUAUAUGGGUGUUAUUAGUCGUUGUUGAUUUCUUUAAAAUCAAACUGUUCAUUACUCUAAAAGAGGUACAUCUUGUCAUAGGUGUGUCGUCAGUUUUCACAAACUAUACAUUUUUAAGUCAAUUGGUAGUAGCAAGUCUCCUCAUGCUGCCGCAAUUUUCUUGAUAAACUAUGUUUGUGGUUUGGUUCAGUGUUAAGAAUCUGGCAUCUUGUGGCUUCAAAUGAGCGCAAAUGCUUUGCGCCGGUUCGACUUUUGUCGCCACUCUAAGCAAUACGAGCGUGACAACCGAGUCCUUGCCUCUUCUGCGUUAAAGCCUUAUUGACUAUCACAGUGGACUGCUUUUAAGGCAAACGAUGAGAAAGUGCGCAUUGAACGUCCAUAUACGCAUAUUCAGAAAACGCGGGCUACGUUGUAAAAUAAUAAGUACUCCUAAAACAAGAAAAGGAUGUAACUGAGACUAUAUUUAAGACACAGUGUUACACCGAAAAAUUAUUUAGGGUCUGAUUACACCCAUAUUCACUUUUAAGGCUGUAAAUUAUUCUGCGGUGUAAAGCAGAGCAAAGUGAAAAGCAACUACGGCGAAGCACCGUCCUUUCCGUGAACCCCAAAUAAAGUUGAAAAUUUCCGUUUCA